GGGUGGAGCGUAGCAGAAUAUAUACCCGCGACGACACGUCGGCCAUCUCACGCUCUUCCUCUUCGUCGUCCUCCACCGAGUCUGACAACGUUCAUCAUGAACGUCACCACCGCUCUACCCGUCGACGGCUGGGCAGGCUACGCCGCCGAGGCCCAGAGAUAUCUCCCGCCCCCGACGCGUCUCGCUUUGCUCUGUCUUCUCAAUGUUCCUAUACUCGCGGUCGUUCUCAACGUUCUCAAACAGCUUAUCCUUCCCCGUGACCCUUCGUUACCCCCGGAGGUGUUCCACUGGCUGCCGUACAUUGGCUCAGCACCAGCGUACGGACAAGACCCACUGGCUUUCUUUUUCAAAUGUCGUGAAAAGUACGGAGACGUCUUCACGUUUAUUCUCUUCGGGAGGAAGGUCACGGUCGCGUUGGGCACGCAGGGAAAUAACUUUGUACUCGGCGGAAAGGUGGCCCACUUUUCUGCGGAGGACGCGUACAAGGAUGUCACGGGCCCGGUUUUCGGUGACGACGUCGUCUACAGUGUACCCAACGAAGUUUUCAUGGAACAGAAGAAGUUCGUCAAGUUCGGUCUCACGACGGAGAACUUCAGAGCCUACGUCGGCAUGGUCCAGAAUGAAAUCACCCAAUUCAUGGAGCACGAACCGGCCUUCCAGACAUGGCAGAUGAACGACAUCAAUGAGUGGGGCAAGUUUGACGUGCUCAAGGUGUUGCAGCAAGUCACGAUGUUGGCGGCGGCGAGGACGUUGCAGGGCAAGGAAGUUCGGGACGGCAUGGACAAAUCUUUUGCGGCGCUGUACGAAGACUUGGAUAACGGUUUCACCCCGAUUCACUUCAUGUUCCCUAAACUUCCCCUGCCAAGUUACCGGAAACGUGACAUCGCGCACAAGAAGAUGACAGAAUACUAUCUCAACAUCCUCAAGAACAGGAGGGACGGCAAAAGCGUGAUGGAGGACACGGACAUGCUCGCGGCCCUCUCGAACCAAAAAUACCGUGACGGACGUACACUCCCAGACACUGAAAUCGCUCACAUCAUGCUCGCCCUCCUCCUGGCCGGCCAUCACACGAGCUCUACCACUGGCUCUUGGGCGCUCCUUCAUUUGGCUUCCAGACCCGAUAUUGCUGACGCUAUCCUCGAAGAGCAAACGAAACAGUUCGGCAACCCCGACGGUACACUCCGCCCACCUACCUACGAAGAACUCAAAGGCCUUCCCGUCCUCGACUCCGUCAUCCGCGAGACCCUCCGCAUGCACCCCCCAAUCCACUCCAUCAUGCGCGUCAUCCGCGCCGACGUCCCCGUCCCCCCCACCCUCGCCGCGCCCUCCAAGGACUCCGCCUACGUCGUUCCCAAGGGCCACUAUGUCCUCGCCUCGCCGAUCGUCAGCCAGAUGGACCCGCGACUAUGGAACGAGGCGGAGAAGUGGGAGCCGAGCCGCUGGAACGAUGAGAAUGGACAGGCGCAGCAGGCGUUUAAGUUGUAUGCGGAUGAGAACGGGGAGAAGGUCGAUUAUGGGUUCGGUGCGGUGAGUAAGGGCACGGAAAGUCCUUACCAGCCGUUUGGUGCUGGAAGGCAUCGGUGCAUUGGCGAGCAGUUCGCUUAUUUGCAGCUGGGCACGCUCAUUGUCACCAUCGUUCGCGCAGUCGAGAUGCGCCUGCCAAACGAAGUUCCCAAGCACGACUACCACACCAUGGUCACGAUGCCCUGCAAACCCCGCGAGAUUCACUACCGCAGGAGGAAGUUUGACUGAGCACACCGGUGUGAUGAUGAUGAUGGAUAUUUUUGAAGUACAUUAUUUCUUCUGCUUUAUAACCUUCCUACGACCUACGAUGCAUCAAUACACUUUUCGCCGUUAAUGGAUUUUUUAGAGGACCUCAUUGUGCGCUGUACUGACGCUCUGACGUCAAAACAAAUCAUUUUUUC